UGAUGAGUUUUUAAACAAUGCAUUAGGUUUAAGGAAAAAUGAAUGAAAUAAAGCGGGUUUGUUAUAGGAAUACUUGUGCAAAAUACUCUCUUGUAGCCAAUUCAUUUGCAAUAUUUUCUAGCAAGUUUUUAUUCUUUCCUCUUUCCCUUCACCUUGUAGUUUUGAAUUCCGGUUUCAUAAAUGUAUAUGAUUAUAUCUUACAGGAAAUGGCAGAUGCUGUUGUCAGUGUUCUCUUGGAUAAAUUGGUGUCAUUACUUGUAAGCGAAGGUCAUCAACAGCUUGAGUUUAAUGACCAGUUUGAGGAAACAAAGAAGGAGCUUCAGUACAUGCAGAAAUAUCUCAAGGAAGCUGAUCGGGUGAGGAGAAAAGAUAGGAACGAGAUUCUCAAGAUGGUAAUGAGCGACUUAAGAGAGUUGGUAUACGAUGCUGAGGAUGUAAUAGCAGAUUGCCAGAUUCUAUUCCAGAAAAAAUGUCAAGGCCGUGCACUCAAUUUUACGAGUUAUUGCUCUCCUACCCAUUUGAAAACCCGUCAUCAAUUGGGAAAGCGGUUGAGUAAAAUAAAUAAAAAGAUAAGAGAAGUGAAGGACAGGAUGAAGUCCUUCUUAGAUGCAACUCCUCGCCAAACUGGUAAAUAUGAAGAUGGUGGGAAUAUGCCACUGACCCACCCAAUCCUAAUGGAUGAAGAUGAAAUGGUAGGAUUAGAAGAUGAGUCGGUGAAGAUUAGAAAUUGGAUCUUAGAAGCUAAUGGGCCAUUAACAAUGAUUGGAAUAGUUGGAUUGGGGGGAAUCGGUAAAACCACGCUUGCUCAGAAGAUAUAUAACAGUGAGAGUGCCGAAAAUUCUUUUAAGCACUCAUUUUUUAUUACUGUUUCUCAAAAUUUCAAAUUCGACGAAUUGCUGAAAAAGAUACUGAAGAAACUAAAGGUAGAAGAGAAAUCGCUGAGGGGAGAUGACGUCCGUGAGCUACUGGAAAGGCUUAAGAGCAUUUUAGAUGAGAAGUACUUGAUAGUUUUGGAUGAUGUGUGGGGAACAGAUGAAGGGAGGUGGUGGGAUAGCUUGAAGUCCGCUUUGCCCUCAGUAGAGGGUAGCUGUGUUAUUGUUACAUCAAGGAAUGAGAAGGUUGCUCAAUCAAUGGGGGCUACUGACAAGUGCAUACAUCGUCUGCAAGUUCUUUCGGAUGAAGAUAGUUGGUCCUUAUUUAGCAAGGUAGCUUUUGCAAGAAAUGGAGGUAAGUGCACAAAUCCAGAUUUGGAGGUAUUGGGAAAGGAGAUUGUUAAGGGAUGUGGGGGGCUUCCUCUGGCAAUCAACGUUGUGGGCGGAAUGAUGUUGGGGAAAGGUGAUUCCAUCCAUGAAUGGAAGCAAAUAUCAAAGCACCUAAAGGAGGAGUUGCAAAUCAGUCAGAAAGAUGAGACGAUCAUUUCGACACUAGAGUUAAGCUACGAAGAGCUCCCAAUACACUUAAAACCUUGCUUCUUGUGUCUUGCCAUGCUUCCUGAAGAUUAUGAAUUACCAGUUGUGUACAUUGUUGAAUUGUGGAUUGGUGAAGGUUUUGUUUGGGGAAGAAAUGAGAAAACGGCAUUUGAGAUCGGAGAAGAAUGCUUUGCAGAAUUAUUUAAUCGAUCUUUGAUACUUGGAACGGAUAAAGAUGUCUUUGAAAGUCGCUUCAUUCGUUGCAAAAUGCAUGAUAUGGUUCGAGAUAUGGUGAUAAAAAUUGCAAGAGAAGAGAGCUUUUUUGUGAGCUUGGAGAGUGGAGGUAGGAUCGGAUUCAGUGUGCAGUCUCGCCACCUGGGAAUUUCAGAGAACACAACAGUGGAGAGCAUCCGAAACAGUUCUACCAAGCUGAGGACAUUGGUUGGAAUGGAAAUGGAGAGGAAUGAGAUCAUUGCAAGUGUAAAAGUAGUACUCUGCAAAGUAAGGUGGUUGAGGGUGUUAGAUCUUUCAUUGUCAAACACGAAAAUUGAUGUUGUGGCCAAGAAUUGGUUGAGUGGGAUAGGGUCAUUACAGCACCUCGUUUUUCUUAGAAUAGAGAAUUCUGCGUUAAGAAGGCUCCCCGCUUCAAUCAGAAAUCUUCAUAAUCUUCAGAUUCUAUGUUUAAGAGACUGCCCGAAUUUGGAAAUGCUUCCCGUGUCAAUCACAACAUUGGAGAAGCUGACAGAUAUCGUAAUCUUUGAUUGUCCCUCUUUAGAAUGCAUGCCGGAAGGGCUUGGAAAGCUUUCAAAUCUUGAAAGGUUAUUUGGGUUUACACCAAUGAAUUUGGGUGGUAAAAAUGGAUCUGAUAUUUCGGAUCUGAAGAAGUUGACAAGACUCAGAAAACUUUCGAUGGACAUAAAGUCAGAGAAACAAAUAGAAGGGGAAUGGAAUGUGUUAUCAAUGCUCUAUCAUCUGCAAUUUCUAGAACUAGACUUUGAGGGCAGUUCUAUUGAAAGUGAAGGAGUUGUAAAGAAGAUUGACAGUCAGUUUUCUGCUCCUUUAAAAUCCCUUAGAGAGUUGCAUCUUUGGGACUACACAGGAGAAAGCACACCUGCGUGGCUCAGUCCUAUUUCCCUUCCCAAUCUUCAGUUUCUUUUCAUUGGUGGGGGAAGGAUUAAGAAGAUGGGUCCCAGAUUUUGGGACAGUGAGAAUGGGGUAUGGAAAGUGGAGGUGUUGGUGCUAAAAUACUUGAAAGAGAUGGAAGAAGAGUGGACGAGGAUGCGAAGGGCAAUGCCGUCUUUAAGACUCGUGAAGGUUCAAAAUUGUCCGAAGCUCAGGUCAUUCCCAUUGAAUGACACGUUUGAAGAUUAUCGUGGAAAUUGGAGCAUAUGGAGGAAAGAAGAAGAAAAAGGUAUGCUAUUACGUGCACAUAGUGCUCCCAUUGUCUUUGAAGCUGCGCUUGCCGCCCUAGAAGAAGGUGAAGGAGGUUUACUAAUUUCACACGCACAUAGUGGUCCCAUCCUCUCUGAAGUUCCAUCUGCCACCGAAGAAGAAAAAGAAGGCAUUUUUCUUUUUCCUUUUGUAAUUGUUGCUCACAUGCUCUUUUCAUGACAUUUAUAUCUCCAAAACAUUCACCUCAUCUUAACUGCUCCAUGAAUAUCACAGAUUCCGCACAUGUUUUGCAUGUCCACACGUGUACCAAAUCACCAUUUUUGUAUUCCCCCAUCCGUUCUGCUUUUAGUCAUAGAAUAAAACUAAUAGAAAUAGUCAUGAUGGGUGUAUUUUUAUAGGUGGUGGCAAUGGUCAGGAUACUUUUUUAGAUUGAUUUGAACCAUUCCUAUUCAUACUACUAUUAUAUACAGCUAUGCAACUUUUUUUGUACUCAUCCAUCAUCAUCUAACCUGUGAAUCUUGAAUUGAACAUGACUCAUUAAAAAUUUAACUUUUCAAUAUUUCAUUUUCCUCUUCAUUCACAAUCAUCUGAAGCAGAUUUUCUUCAAAUGGCCCUUGUAGCACAUGAUCCAGAAAUUUCAUAUCAUCGUCUAGGAUGUAAUCUAGGGGUGAAAAACUCUUAUAUGGUAAAUGUGGUAGGGUUCCACAGUACCCUAUCAAAAUCCUCAUUGUGGUAACAUGCCAGAUGAUAUUUCUUUUAUUUUAUUUUUUUUACUAUGGUUGAUGAAUCCGGAUCCUCUGCUUAUCACUGACAAGCAUUUCUUGUUUUUCCGGAUCGUCGCUGGCAUUACAAGCACUGCUGCAUUAAAUGCAGUUUGUUAUGAUGUGGCCCAAUUACAUUUUAAUGAAAAGAAAACUACUGUGUGUGGCAAGCAAAGGAUCUGGACUCAAUGGUUAGAAAUACCCAGAUAGUAGAUUCCAAACCAAUGGUGGGAGAAAAAGGGUUCGUGGCCCACAUUUUGGAGGGGAGGAGAAGACUUUUAGGCUCGGUUUGUCAAACAAAUUUUUUGGAUGGUUCAUACUAGAUGGACAGUCUCAAGUGUGUUCAUUUAAUAGAAUCAGAUUUGAUGAAGCCGGUGAAAUACCAAGUAUUAAAAUUUCUUUGUAGUCAGCUGACUUUGUCAAUUCUCAUUUCCUAAGGCUCGUUGAUAGCAUUUCAACCAUUUUAUAUACAUGAAUCCGAUAAUCAAUUUAUGAAGUUGCAGCUACCAGAAGUUACAGUUCAGGUUUAGGCUAUUUUUGCCUUAGAUCGAGCUUUCCUGCAUGAUUUCUUUUGAUCAUGGCUGUCCAUGAAGUUAUGUCACUUGUUCUACAUUAAUCAUCAAUUAGUCUAAUUUUUCAAGGAAGCCUUGAAGAGUUUCACUAGCCCUGAUGAACAGUUUGAAUGGAUGAUGGAAAUGCCAAUGAGGUGAUUGCAAUUAUAACCCA